ACGAUUUUUGUGUUAUCCUGUAAUUCACUAAAAUCUAAUUUAGGUAAACUGCCCCUAACAUAAGACAUUAUUGAUAUAAAAUAUGUACGUAUGAUUGUACAAGGUUUUUUAAACCAUGAAACUUUUUAAUUCCUGUUAAAGUCGAAAUAUACGAGAGCCUUUGAACGCAGCAAUAGCUUUCAGCUGUCUGAGAACUGAGCAGCUGUCAUACUUGUGUGUGUGUGCGCGCGCGUCCAGCAAACGACACGUACGGUUACUUGUAGGAGGCUUGGCCAGAAUGGCACGCGGGCAUCAGAAGCUUCAGUCUCAGCAGAAAAACGCCAAGAAGCAGGCGGAAAUGAAGAAGACCAAAAGUCAUGAUCAGAAGACGGCAGCCAAGGCAGCACUAGUGUUCACCUGCGCUGUGUGCAGGUCCCAGAUGCCCGACCCAAAAACCUUCAAGCAACACUUUGAGAGCAAGCACCCGAAAUCCCCUCUGCCCCCCGAGUUAGAGGGAGUGGAGGCAUAAAAGCUCACCCUGGAUACCGAACCGAUUUUCCUUCUAGGCCCUGCACCAACUCUGCACUUAUCUCAGUCUGACAGCAAUGGAGGAUUUGAUGUAACUAACAUGAGGUCUUUAUCUCCAUUUAGGCUUUAACAGAUCAGGUUACCUUUAACACAAUGCUUCCUCCCAUCCAGUCCUCCUUUUCGCUUGUGUGUAAAUACACGCGGGCAAAAUUGAAAUGCCGGUUUUAAUUUCAGGGCCACUGAAGUACUGUACAAACCAGUAAGAAUCCAAGUGGUGGAGGAGGAUGUCUCCCUUUGUAUUCACACGGUCUCUCAGAACAGACGCAUCACUGCCCUGAUGCACAUAGGAGUAUUUCUCGCUGCCAGCUCUUGUACCUCUCUAUCUAAAGCUUUGAUGGAUUGAAUUGUCCGAUAAAACCUUUUAUAGAAAACUUCACACAUGAGGUAAACACAUACAGUGUCCUUUAAACAAAGCAUGGGUUGCUUAGGUGGGUGAACUCUGAUUUUAAAUUGCUGCAA